GGUCGGCGAGCCCCCUCGUGACCCUCGCUGAGCACUUGGAGGAGGAAGAGUCUACAUCCUUUAAGUGCUCGACGCAAACUGUUCUCUGAGGAGGUGGGAGAGAUGGCCGGGCUAUCCUUGGACCACCCUUGGGCAUUCACCAUUGGCAUCCUUGGUAACAUCAUCUCACUCAUGGUGUUUCUUGCGCCACUGCCAACAUUCUACAGAGUGUACACAAGGAAAUCCACUGAAGGGUUCCAAUCGGUGCCAUAUGUCGUUGCUCUGUUCAGCUGCAUGUUAUGGUUCUGCUACGCAUUCCUCAAGACCGACGCAUAUCUUUUGAUCACCAUCAACUCGAUCGGGUGCGCUAUCGAGACAGUAUACAUAGUCAUAUACUUGACGUAUGCACCGAAGGUGGCAAAGAUAUUUACCGCAAAACUGGUUCUGGUUGUGAACGUGGGGAUGUUUGGGUUGAUUCUUCUUCUCACGCUGCUGCUAGCAGAGGGCUCCAAAAGAGUUGGGGCAUUUGGAUGGAUCUGCGUGAGCUUCUCCGUGAGCGUCUUUGUGGCUCCCCUGAGUGUCAUUAGGCUUGUGAUGCGAACAAAGAGCGUCGAGUUCAUGCCCGUCUCGCUGUCUUUCUUCCUCACGUUGAGCGCCAUCGUCUGGUUCGCGUACGGUUUACUGACCAAAGACAUUUACGUUGGGCUGCCGAAUGUCGUGGGAUUCAUCUUUGGGAUCCUUCAAAUGGUGCUCUACGUAGCUUACAGGGACAAGAACAGGGUCGCCAUCGAGCACAAGCUGCCCGAGCACAUCAUAUCGAUCGCGAAGCUUAGUGCUGAGAAGGCCUCCGAGAUCUAUCCCAUCGACUCUGCCACACCGGUAGUCCAUGAUCAAGACACAGUGCAAGAACAGGGCGGCGGUGCAGAAGAGGCCAAGGGAGGCAUGGCAGCUCCUCAAAGGGAGAAUGAGACGAACAGUGUUGAGGUCUGA